AUGGACAUGCACAGUAAAGAAAGACAACCUACACCAGAAGGCAUCCUAUUAGGAAAUCAUGGAAGAAGGAUUGAGAGCCGAGUGCUUGAGAUUGCAAAGACUAGAAAUCUCAAAUCACUAAUAGCAAUCUGUGACGGAAUCGAUGUUUCUGAAAUCGAGGAAUGCCAGAAAGAAUUGCCAUCCGGACCCAAUGUCAACUGUGAUAAGAUUGAUAACGUCGACAAGUACCGUACCAUUAACGGCACGUGCAACAACAAAAUGUUUACGUCAUGGGGUGCACACGACCAACCGUUCAAUCGUUUUCUGCCUUCAGCCUAUGGCGGAACGGGAUUUAAUGAACCUGUUACAAAACGCAAUGGAAAACGUCUGCCUAGUGCUAGAAACAUUAGCCUAGAGCUCCAUCCGGACAAAGCAGUUGCUGAUAAUGAUCACAGCUACUUACUAAUGCAAUGGGGUCAGUUUCUGGAUCAUGAUUUCACUCUUGCCAUGGAAACCGAAGACGACAGGACGUGCAGGAACGACUGCUUCACGAGUGACGAGAGAUGCUUCAAUAUUCUGAUCGAUAGCGAUGAUCCACAGUUCGGUACCGCGUGCAAGUUUCCAAGAAAAUGCAUUCCGUUGAUCCGAUCGGCGCCAUCACCGGACAUCUGUCGCCACGUUGUCUUUCCUCGUGAACAAGUAAACGAGAUCACGGCGUAUAUCGACGCAUCCAAUGUCUACGGAUCCGUGAAGAGUGUCGCUGAACGACUAAGAUCAGGCGUCGACGGAAUGCUAAAGACUAACUUCGACGGAAAGAGUUUACCGUUUGAUUUUGAAUGUAACCCAGACAAGCACGAAUGCAAUGUUAACCCACCCUGUAUGGGACCGGUCUGUUUCUGCUUUCUGGCGGGAGAUCGACGUUCUACCGAGCAGACCUUCUUGACGACAAUGCACACUCUGUGGGUACGCGAACACAAUCGUAUCGCACGGAUCUUGAAGGCAAUAAACUCACACUGGAGUGACGAGGUUCUUUAUCAAGAGACGAGGAAAAUUAUCGGAGCUCUUCAUCAGAGGAUCGUCUACAGCGAAUACGCUCCUGAGCUGCUCGGUCACUUUGUGUUCGAUCGACUUGUUCCAAAGUAUCGCGGAUACGACGAGACCGUUAACGCGGGCAUUAUCAACGAAUUUGCGACGGCGGCGUAUCGCAUGGGUCACAGCCAACUGCGGAAUACUCUGAAUCGCCUCAACGACAACUAUCAGUUGAUCGACUCGUUUAGAUUUCGUGACGCAUUCUUCCAACCUCAUCGUUACCUCCUAAAUCCCGACGGCUCAGUGAGCAAGAACAACUUUGACAACUUGCUUCGUAGUCUUCUCGAGCAAAACUCUCAAUUUAUCGAUCGCUUCGUGUCCGACGAGCUUACCAAUCACUUGUUUGAGCCACGCACAAGUGACGGUACUCAGACAGGACCCGGAUUAGAUCUGGCGUCGCUUAACAUUCAACGAGGACGUGACCACGGAUUGCGCCCAUACAUCGAUUAUCGUACCUAUGCUCUUACCAAGCUCAAACAAAUGGAUAUCCCUAUACCUCAACUAAUCAUGUCAGUAGAAAACAAGAUUAAAAUCGCUCUUGUUUACGGAUCAAUUGCCCAGUGUGACCUGUGGGUAUGCGGCUUGCUGGAGACGCGACUCGAGGUAGCAUUCCCGGUUAGCCAACGAACUGGUGGACAGCUUGGUCCAACUUUCUCCGUCAUAGUUGCAGAGCAGCUAAUUCGUUCAAGAGAUGGGGACAGGUUCUUUUAUCAAAAUCCGGGAAUUUUUAUAUCUCAGCAGCUUAACCAAAUCGAUAAAGUGACUCUGUCUGCCGUAAUUUGUGCCAAUUCGCAAAUAUCGAACAUUCAACCUAAAGCAUUCCUCGAUUCGAAUAGGAAUAACCCUCGGAUUUCGUGCUCGGAUGUAAAGAGGAAACAUGGCAUGAGCUUCAUCGCAUGGAAAGGUCGGUUCAUACUUACAAGUGCAUUUAUUUACAUUGCAGAUGUUGUAGCUUGUAAUGCUUUCUGUGUAGUAAACACAUGCAUUGACAAGUGGUCUCCAUUUAUAUGCAAAUUCAAGAAGACUACCGGACGUUGCAAGUUUACUAUUUGGCGCAUCCUUUGUCGCAAAACAUGUGACGCAUGUGUCUAA